AUGGAGGGACCAUUAAACCCAGGGGCCCCGAAUGGCAAUGGCAGCAUACGCACUCCCAGCCCCUCACCGCCCUCGAUAGACCCCCAGCUCAUUGUCGACCACCUGGAAAAGGUGCUCGAUGUCAGCUUGGGUGCAUCCAAGGAGGACCUGUAUGCCACCGGCAGUCUGCUGUCGUCGGCCAAACUUCCGGAUACACUGCAACGAUGCGCCCGCUUCGCCUCCGAGGGGCAAUCGGUGCUAUAUGUAGUCAAGGAACGAGCAGAUGAGGCUCGCAUCGAUGGCAUGGACAGCGCGAAUAGCAAUGCAGGCGCCACCCAGCACUUUACCUAUACCCUCUCGAGUGAGAUCACAGCUUCUCCCACUUGCGCCGCAUUUGUUGUUAUUUCCAAGCGACCGAUACCCAUAGACCCCGCGAUACCCCUUAGCCAGCAGGUCCUUAUUCAGACCCUGCCUGGCUUUAUACUUUCUAAUAACGCUUCUUCGCCCGACGGCACGCCCUAUGAAUUCCUCCGUUCGCUCAUUCAGUCGGCCGUCGAGCCCUACUUUGACACGUACACAAAGAGUCAGCGUGACUUGGCGGGGAAAUAUAGCAAGGGUGACAAUGAUGCGAGGACGGGCAUUUCGGCAACGAGGAAGAAGAUUGCAGAGUUGGCUGUGAGCUUGGGCAAUCUUGAGCAGAAUGUCGAGAUUCCUGAACUGCUUCUGCCUCUGCAUCCACUCAUCCAGAGUGCUUUGGACGAGGCCAACCAGCGCGGUGUGAAGCCCUCUCCAGAGCUUAUCCCCGCUGCUAUUGUGCAGGACAGCAGUUUUCUCAACGGAUUACAGGCGACAGUCAAUGGAUGGAUCAAGUCGAUACAAACCAUUACGAAGACUUCUCGCGAUGUCUCGACUGGAACAGCUGCGCAGGAGAUCAACUUCUGGAUUUCCAUGGAAUCAAGGCUGCACGAUAUCGAGACACAGCUUGGAAGUCCCGGUGUGAGGCUCACGCUGGAUGUGUUGAAAAAUGCAAAGCGUUUCCAAGCGACUGUCAGUUUCAGCGCAGACACUGGUCUGAAGGAGAGUACGGAUCUUGUGCAAAAGUACAACCAGCUUAUGCGCGAAUUCCCACUCGAUCAGCUGCUGUCUUCAACUUCACUCCAGGCAGUUCAGGAAGCAAUUCAAUCCAUCUUCAGCCACAUGAACAAGAAACUCCGUAUUUGCCCCUACCCUGUUCGUCGCGCCCUGCCCCUCGUAGAGGCGAUUUCCGGUGAUCUCGAUAAACAAUUGCAUAAUCUGCUUCAUGGCAAGACUCUCAUGCACAUGGAUUAUCCCGAGUUCCAGGCCAUUAUGGCAGUUGCUGAGAGUAUCUGGCGCACUUGGGAAGAGAAUGUUAAGGAGUUCACCAACGUUGCACGUGAAGUGACGAGGCGAAGGAAUGAGAAGUUCAUUCCCAUCAAGAUUGCUGCGCGACACAAGGAGACGGAGGAGCGUAUUCGCUACAUCACUACCUUCCGCAAGAACCACGAGCAGCUCCAGCGAACCAUUGUCAAUGUCCUGGGAUCCCAGUCGUCUUUGUCUGAGAGCGCGCCAGCUAAGGAGGCCGUCAUUAUCGAGGAGAUUGGCGACGUGGAUGCUGUCAAGGAGGUCAAGGAGGCCUACGAUGUUCUGAAAGAUGUGGAUGUUCUCGACGUGUCGCCCGAGGGCACGCGACUGUUUGAGCAAGCAGAGCAAAAGUACAACGAGCGUACGUCGCGUGUUGAGAACUCCAUCAUUGCCAGACUGAGGGAUCGCCUUGGUACCGCCAAGACGGCGAGUGAGAUGUUCCGCGUCUUCUCCAAGUUCAACCCGCUGUUUGUGCGACCAAAGAUUCGGGGUGCCAUCUCCGAGUACCAGACGCAGCUCAUCGAGAAUGUCAAACAAGACAUCUUGGCCCUUCAUGAGCGCUUCAAGCGACAGUAUGGUAACUCCGAAGCUCACGCCAUGGCACAGCUUCGCGAUUUCCCUCCCGUAUCUGGCGCUGUCAUCUGGGCUCGUCAGAUUGAAACCCAACUGGAGACUUACAUGGGUAAGGUUGAAGAUAUUCUCGGAAAAGACUGGGCGCUCCACGCAGAAGGUCAGAAGCUUCAGGCUGAAAGUAGUAUGUUCAAGAAGAAGCUCGACACCAGGCCCAUCUUUGAGUCUUGGCUCCAGGAGGUUGCGAGGAGAAAGUUAUCCAUCUCUGGACGACUUUUCCUUGUCAACAGGAACCGUGCUGCCGGUAACAUUCUUGAGCUGAAUGUCAACUUUGAUGCGCAAGUCAUUGCGCUUUUCAAGGAGGUUCGCAACCUGACAUGGCGCGGUUAUCAAGUCCCCCACGGCAUCAACAACAUCUCCAAGGAGGCGAAGCGUGUCUACCCUUACGCAGUCAGCCUUAUGGAGAGUGUCCGUACAUAUACUCAGACUGUGCGCUCAAUCACCGAGAUGGGCAGUGUUGCUCUGCUCCUUAACAACUAUGUCAACGAUGUUCAAGCACUAGUUGGCAAGGGUGUACCGCUCAAGUGGGAGUCUUUCGUUCACGCCUAUGACCUCCAUGUUCGGCAGUCUGGAUUUCCGGUUGGUGGUGGCAGUGUUCGCAGCGAGAGCAAGCACGUCCAGUUUGUUCGCGACUUUGCUGCGGCAACAUCCCUGCUUCAGCUGAAGGUCGCUACUUUGGUGAACAUCAACGCUGCAGUUGAGAAGGCACUGAAGGAUCUGGAAACAUGCUCGUACACCAAGGACGCUUUCCAACAGAACCUUGAGACCAUUCAAAAGUCCAUCGAUCAGCUUAACCUUGAGAACUACGCCAACCUUGCUUCUUGGGUCUCUGACAUGAACGCCCGCAUCGAGUCUAUCUUGUUGGUUCGACUCAGCAGAGCUAUUGCUUUGUGGAUCGAGAUCUUCAACAACGUCGAUGAGGAGAAUCAAGACCGCCGUCCAGUCAGUGAGCCUUCUUCUACGGAGAUCCCAGAGGUGAAGCCGACCUUGGCUCGGUUGACGCUCGAGAUUACCAUGCGGAAUCAGGUCAUUUACCUCAGCCCUCCUGUGGAGUAUGCUCGAGCAAGCUGGCUUGAGCAGCUUCAACAGUGGCUCGCCAUUGUUUGCACUCUCCAGAAGAUCAAGGCUUCGCGAUAUGAAAUCAGACUUGAAGCAACUAACGAUACUUCCGUCAAUCAAUUCUCUGACCUGCCAAGCCGAUGCACCAAUUCACUUAUUGAAGUUUACGGUGCUGUUGAAGGAAAGCUUCGCGACAUUUCCUCCUAUGUCGAUGAGUGGCUCCAGUUCCAAUCUCUAUGGGAUCUGCAGUCCGACCACGUCUAUGAUAUCCUUGGUGAAGAUCUCUCCCGGUGGUUGCAACUUCUCCAGGAAAUUCGCAAGACCCGUGCCACUUUCGACAACUCUGAUAUCAGCCGCCAGUUUGGCUAUGUCACAGUCGACUAUGAGCAAGUACAGGUCAAGGUCAACGCCAAGUAUGAUCAGUGGCAGCAAGAAAUCCUUACCAAGUUUGCUAGCAGGCUCGGUCAGCGCAUGAACGAUGUAUAUGUGCAGAUUGAGAAGGCUCGCAAGGACCUUGAGAUGCAGACACUUGAGGCGUCCUCGACCGCUCAGGCUGUCUCCUUCAUCACCACUGUCCAGCAGUGCAAGAGAAAGGUCAUGGAAUGGGAACCAGAGAUUUCUACAUUCCGUCAGGGCCAAGCUACGUUAGCUCGCCAGCGCUACCAAUUCCCAUCGGACUGGCUACAAAUGGAGCAAAUCGACCACGAAUGGCAGACGCUGAAUGAGGUCUUGGAGAGGAAGAACAAGAUCGCGAAUGACCAAGCUGACGCAUUGAGAGCUAAGAUCGCUGCGGAAGACAAGGUCGUCAACCAGAAGAUCGUUGAUAUCACUGGAGAGUGGGCUGAGGAGAAGCCUGUGGCUGGCAAUCUUGCACCUGCGGAUGCUUCAGCUGUUCUGGCCAAAUUUGACCAGAAGCUCAGCCAGCUUCAGAACGAGUCCAGCAAUAUCUCGAAAGCCAAGGAGGCUCUUGGCUUGCCACCUUCUCCAGAGAAUGCACUUGAGACUCUGCUGGAAGAAGUACAAGAUUUCAAGUCGGUCUGGUCUGCACUUGGCACGAUCUGGGCCAGUAUUGACGAUCUUCGUGAGGUCCUGUGGACUAGCAUCCAGCCUCGCAAACUGCGACAAAACCUUGACAACCUUCUCAAGAUGACCAAAGAUAUGCCUAGCCGCAUGCGACAAUACCAGGCUUUCGAAUACGUUCAGACCACCCUCAAGCAGCUGCUCAAGGAGAACGCGAUCCUGGCAGAGUUGCGCUCCGAUGCUGUGAAGGAGCGUCACUGGACAAGGAUUUUCAAGAACCUGAGGCCUCACAAGCGAUACUCUGCUAUUUCCAUGACUCUCGGCGAUGUCUGGGAUCUCAAGCUUGGCCCUAGCGAGAAGAUUAUUCGUGAUGUCAUUACUCAAGCCGCAGGUGAAAUGGCACUCGAGGAGUUCUUAAAGCAGGUCCGUGAGACGUGGCAAAACUACGCUUUGGAACUUGUCAACUACCAGAACAAGUGUCGUCUCAUCAGGGGCUGGGACGAUCUGUUUGCCAAAUGCAGUGAGAAUCUCAACUCCCUCCAAGCUAUGCGACAUUCACCCUACUACAAAGAGUUUGAGGAGGAGGCGUCGUCUUGGGAAGACAAACUAAACCGUGUGCACGUCCUUUUCGAUGUUUGGAUCGAUGUACAGCGCCAGUGGGUUUACCUCGAAGGUGUGUUUACAGGUAACGCUGAUAUCAAACACCUGCUUCCCAUGGAGUCAGCUCGUUUCCAGAACAUCAACUCGGAGUUCUUGUCGGUUAUGAAGAAGGUUUCGCGCCAGCCCUUUGUACUCGAAGUUCUCAACAUUUCUGGGGUACAAAAGUCGCUUGAGCGCCUUGCUGAGCUUCUUAACAAGAUUCAAAAGGCGCUAGGAGAGUAUCUUGAGCGCGAGCGUGUGUCGUUCCCUCGCUUCUACUUUGUUGGUGACGAAGAUUUGCUAGAGAUUAUCGGUAACAGCAACGACGUUCUGCGUAUCGCUAAACACCUACGCAAGAUGUUUGCUGGUAUCUCUGGACUUAUCACUGAUGAUGAUGGUGUCAUACAGGGGUUCACUUCCAAGGAGGGAGAGGAGGUCCAACUUCGUAAGGAGAUCUCGCUCGUCAAAACACCCAGAAUCAACGAAUGGCUCGGUGCUCUCGAAGCCAACAUGAAGACCACUCUGGCUGAGCUUACGUAUGAGGCUUACGAAGAGUUUGCUCAACUCGCAGGGGCCGAUACAAUGGAUUCGGAUGCUUUUAUGGAAUACAUUGCCAAGUACCCUGCUCAAGUUGUCGUUCUGGGAACACAGAUUGCCUGGACUCACGCUGUAGAGCGUUCGCUCGCCGAAGAAGGAGCUACUUUGCCCAAGCUUUACGAGAAGCAAGUCAAUGUCCUCAAACUGCUCGCUACCGCUGUCUUGGGUGACCUUGAACCCAUUCAGCGCCGCAAAUGCGAGGAUCUUAUUACUGAGUUCGUCCAUCAGCGCGAUGUCAUCCACAGGCUAGACAAGGUUGGUGCACGCUCGCCAACACACCACAUGUGGCUACUUUGCAUGCGAUAUGUAUAUGAGCCUGGCAAUGAUCUGCUCCAGCGACUGAGGAUCAAGAUGGCAAACGCUGUUCUCGACUACGGCUUCGAAUAUUUGGGUGUUACUGAUCGCCUUGUGCGCACGCCUCUUACCGACCGCUGUUUCCUUACUCUUACUCAAGCACUUUGUCAACGACUUGGUGGCUCUCCAUACGGUCCAGCUGGUACCGGUAAGACUGAAUCAGUUAAGGCUCUUGGUGUGCAGCUUGGACGAUUUACUCUAGUUUUCUGCUGUGACGACACAUUUGAUUUCCAGGCCAUGGGUCGUAUCUUCCUUGGUAUUUGCCAGGUUGGUGCUUGGGGAUGUUUUGACGAGUUCAAUCGUUUGGAAGAGCGUAUUCUCUCAGCUGUUUCGCAACAGAUUCAGAACAUCCAACUCGGUCUCAAGAAGGGCGCCGAGGAUGAAAAAUCACAGAUUGAACUUAUUGGCCGCCAGCUGAAGGUCAAUGGCAACACUGGAGUUUUCAUCACUAUGAAUCCUGGCUAUGCAGGUCGUUCAAACUUGCCCGACAAUCUCAAGAAGCUCUUCCGAAGCGUUGCUAUGUCCAAGCCUGACAAGGAGCUUAUUGCUGAAGUUAUGCUGUACUCCCAGGGUUUCUCCCAAGCCAAGGAGCUCUCAAAGCAAGUUGUACCAUUCUUCGACAGGUGUUCGUCAGGACUCUCCAAGCAGGCUCAUUACGACUUUGGUCUCCGUGCGCUCAAGAGUGUGCUUGUUAGCUCUGGUGGGCUGAAGCGUGCUCGCCUUGCCCAUCAACAAGACAGUACAACACUGGACGAAGAAGGCAUGGAGCCCCAGAUUAUCAUUCAGAGUUUACGCGAGACCAUAGCACCAAAGCUCAUCCGUUCUGAUGUUGAGCUUAUGAUGGCUAUCCAGGAAGAGUCAUUCCCUGGUGUUCAGUACAUUCCUGCUCCUCUCGACAAGCUUACUGAAGCGAUCCACAAGUGCGCUGCCGAGUCUAAACUUGUUGUUAGUGACGCAUGGAUGACAAAGAUUGUCCAAUUGUACCAGAUCCAAAAACUGCACCACGGUGUCAUGAUGGUUGGAUCUUCCGGUUCUGGAAAGUCCGCUGCUUGGCGGACACUUCUCUCAGCUCUCCAGGCUGUAGAGGGCGUAGAGGGCGUUUGUCACGUUAUUGACCCCAAGGUCAUGUCCAAGGAGCAGCUUUACGGAACGCUCGACAGCACAACGCGCGAGUGGACAGACGGUCUUUUCACUAGCAUUCUGCGUAAGAUUGUAGACAACCUUCGUGGUGAAGACAGCAAGCGUCACUGGAUCGUAUUUGACGGUGAUGUUGACCCCGAAUGGGUUGAGAACUUGAACUCCGUGCUCGAUGACAACAAGCUCCUCACGCUGCCUAACGGAGAGCGUCUCAAUCUUCCGUCUAACGUUCGCAUCAUGUUCGAAGUGGAGACUCUCAAUGACGACACUGUCGAGGUAGACAUGAUGAUCAAGAACUACAUUGAGCAUCUCAAGACCGUACCAUUUGAGGAUAUCGAAGACGACUCGGUUGCUCCUGGACAAAUGUCACAGAAGACUCUCACCACACAAGGAGUCAUCGCUGACUUCCUGCACAUCAAGCUUACUCAGGACCGCUUCAUUGAAAAGGCUCUCAGCAUGGCCAGGAAAUUCAAGCACAUCAUGGAGUACACUGAUAUUCGUGCGCUCAAUACACUGUUCUCGCUGCUUAAUAAGGCGUGCCGCAACGUCCUUGAGUACAAUGUGCAACACCCAGACUUUUCACUUGAAGACGACAAGAUGGAGACAUAUCUUGCCAAGAAGCUGCUUGUUGCUCUGGUCUGGGCAUUGGUUGGUGAUUGUCCUCUCAGGGAGCGUAAAGAAUUCGGUGACCUUAUCGCUGGCCUUACCGAUGUCGAGCUUCCUACUCUGAAUGAGUCCACUUCGCUCAUCGACUAUGAUGUCAAGCCUGACAGACCUGAAUGGGAUACAUGGCAGAGCCAGGUACCCAACGUCGAAGUCAACACUCACUCUGUCACCCAGACAGAUGUAGUCAUUCCAACCCUCGAUACUGUUCGCCACGAGGAUGUUCUCUACUCCUGGCUUGCAGAGCACAAACCAUUGCUGCUCUGCGGUCCUCCAGGUUCCGGAAAGACCAUGACUUUGUUCAGCGCACUUCGAAAGCUUCCCAAUAUGCAGGUUGUGGGUCUCAACUUCUCCAGCGCGACAACACCGGAUCUCCUUAUCAAGACAUUCGAGCAGUACUGCGAGUACAAGAAGACUCUCAAUGGUGUUCAGCUUACUCCUACCCAAGUUGGUCGUUGGCUGGUCAUUUUCUGCGACGAGAUCAACUUGCCCGCACCAGACAAGUAUGGUACGCAGCGAGCCAUUUCUUUCCUCAGACAGCUUGUUGAGCACAAUGGUUUCUGGAGGACUUCAGACAAGACAUGGGUUACUCUUGACCGUAUUCAAUUCGUUGGUGCUUGUAACCCUCCAACCGACGCCGGUCGUACGCCCAUGGGUCUUCGAUUCUUGCGCCACGCCCCGCUCAUCAUGGUUGAUUACCCUGGAGAGCAAUCGCUUCUUCAAAUUUACGGUACCUUCAAUACUGCGGUGCUCAAGAUCAUUCCCACACUGCGUGGUUAUGCCGACGCCCUCACCAAGGCAAUGGUUCAGCUCUACAGCGAGUCUCAGAAGCGCUUUACACCUGAUAUUCAGCCUCACUACGUAUACUCGCCUCGUGAACUUACUCGAUGGGUUCGUGGUAUCUAUGAGGCUCUUCGACCACUCGAGACUUUGCCUGUUGAGGGCCUUGUUAGGAUCUGGGCGCAUGAAGCCUUGCGCUUGUUCCAGGAUCGUCUUAUCGCAGAAGAGGAGAGAAAAUGGACUGAAGAGUGUGUCCACCGCGUUGCUACUGAGCAUUUCCCCACAAUCGACGAGGAGAAGGCUCUUGGAGGCCCCAUUUUGUUCUCCAACUGGCUUUCUAAGAACUACGUGCCAGUUGAGCGUGAACAACUCCGCGAGUUCGUCAAGGCCCGACUACGCACUUUCUGCGAGGAAGAGGUCGAUGUUCCUCUCAUUCUUUUCAAUGAUGUGCUUGAGCAUGUACUUCGCAUCGAUCGUGUUUUCCGUCAACCACAGGGUCAUCUUAUCCUCAUCGGUGUUAGUGGGUCUGGUAAGACCACUCUAUCGCGUUUUGUCGCCUGGAUGAACGGUUUGAGUGUCUACCAGAUCAAGGUUCACGGAAAGUACUCUGGCGAAGAUUUCGAUGAAGACUUGCGUACUGUGCUCCGACGCUGCGGUUGCAAGGGUGAGAAGAUUUGCUUCAUCAUGGACGAAGCCAACGUCCUUGACUCUGGUUUCCUUGAGCGCAUGAACACGCUUCUUGCUAACGCCGAGGUUCCCGGUUUGUUUGAGGGUGAUGAGUACGCCUCUUUGCUUACCGCCAUUAAGGAAGGUGCCCAGCGCCAGGGUAUCAUUCUCGACUCUCAGGACGAAUUAUACAAGUGGUUCACGGAGCAGAUUGUCAAGAACCUCCACGUUGUUUUCACCAUGAACCCUCCAGAAGGAGGUCUUUCUUCAAAGGCUGCAACGAGUCCUGCGCUUUUCAACCGUUGCGUGCUCAACUGGUUCGGGGACUGGUCCGAUCAAGCACUCUACCAGGUCGGCUCCGAACUCACACAGUCUGUUGACUUGGAUCGCACAAACUACGUGGCACCCGAUAGUAUUCCUGUCGCUUACCGUGGACUUACCCUACCACCAUCCCAUCGGGAGAGUGUGGUUAACGCCAUGGUUGCUGUACACCAUUCCCUCCGAAGCAAGAACGCGAAAUUGCAGAAGACGCAAAACCGCAAGAUGUACCUCACGCCACGACACUUCUUGGACUUUGUGGCACAAUACGUCAAGCUGUACAAUGAGAAGCGUGAAGACCUGGAAGAACAGCAACGCCAUCUUAACGUCGGUCUAGAGAAACUUCGCGAGACAUUCGACAAGGUCAAAGAACUCCGAGCAAGCCUCGCCGAGAAACAGACACAAUUGACCAAGAAGGAUGCAGAAGCGAACGAGAAGCUACAGCGUAUGAUUGCUGACCAAAACGAAGCAGAGCAGAAGAAGGCAGGAUCGAUCAAGAUGCAAGCUAGACUUGCCAAGGACAAGGAGGAGAUUCAAAAGCGACAAGAGGUGGUCAAUACUGAUUUAGCAGCAGCCGAACCCGCUGUUAUUGAGGCACAGAAGAGUGUGCAGAACAUCAAGCGCCAGCAUCUUACCGAAGUCAGAUCCAUGCAGAACCCUCCCGCCGGUGUCAAGCUUGCGCUUGAAGCCGUGUGCACAAUUCUUGGCCACAAGCCUGACAGCUGGAAGACUAUUGUUUCCAUUGUAAGGCGUGACGACUUUAUCGCCAGUAUCGUGACAUUCGACAACGAGAGGCAGAUGACUGCUGCACACCGAAGGAAGAUGCAGAACGAGUAUCUGUCCAAGGAGGAGUUCACCUUUGAGAAGGUCAACCGCGCUUCCAAGGCUUGUGGUCCUCUUGUACAAUGGGUAUCUGCUCAAGUCACGUACUCCGACAUUCUCGACCGUGUUGGACCCCUACGUGCUGAGGUCGACAACUUGCAAGUCGAGUUGCAGAAGACAGAAGAGGGUGCGAAGGAGACCCAGAUCCUUAUCCAAAACCUCGAGGAGAGUAUCGGACGUUACAAGACCGAGUACGCAGCCUUGAUCAGCGAAACACAAGCCAUCAAGACGGAAAUGUCGACUGUCCAAUUCAAGGUUGACCGCAGUGUGCGACUUCUUGACAGCUUGUCUUCUGAACGUACUCGAUGGGAGGAGAGCAGCAAGUCGUUCGAUUCUCAAAUUGACACCAUUGUCGGUGAUGUUAUGGUUGCCGCAGCUUUCAUCGCAUAUGCUGGUUACUACGAUCAGCAAUACCGAAAAGCACUUACCGAGGACUGGUACGAUCAUCUCAAGCAGUCUGGCAUCAGCUUCAAGCCAACAAACCCAUUUACGGAAUACCUAUCCACAGCUGAUGAUCGACUAAACUGGCAACACAACGGUCUGCCUGUUGAUGAUCUUUGCACUGAAAACGCUAUCGUCCUACAGCGUUUCAACCGUUACCCGCUCAUCAUCGAUCCGUCUGGUAGGACUACUGAAUUCUUGCAGAACGAAUGCAAGGAACGCCGCCUUACGGUCACCAGCUUCUUGGAUGAUUCGUUCACCAAGCAGCUCGAGAGUUCUCUGCGCUUCGGUAACCCAAUCUUGAUUCAAGACGCUGAACAUCUGGAUCCUAUCCUCAACCAUGUUCUCAACAAGGAGUACCAGAAGACUGGAGGUCGUGUCCUCAUUCAACUCGGCAAGCAAGAGAUUGACUUUUCGCCGUCUUUCCGCUUGUACUUGUCCACUCGCGAUCCUUCCGCCAACUUCGCUCCCGAUAUUUGCAGUCGCACCACCUUUGUCAACUUUACAGUCACGCAGAGCAGCUUGCAAACCCAAACACUCAAUGAGGUUCUCAAGUCUGAGAGGCCUGAUGUCGAUGAGCGACGCUCUAACCUCAUCAAGAUGCAGGGAGAGUUUGCAGUCCACCUUCGUCAACUGGAGAAGCGAUUGUUACAGGCUCUCAAUGAGUCGCGCGGUAACAUUCUUGACGACGACCGUGUCAUUGAAACCCUUGAGACGCUCAAGAAGGAAGCCAAGGAGAUCUCCGAGAAGGUCUCCGAGACCGCUGGCGUUAUGACUGAAGUCGAGAAUAUUACAAAGGAGUACACUGUUGUUGCUCGUUCUUGCUCGGCAAUCUUUGCUGUGCUGGAGCAACUUCACCACCUCAACCACUUCUACCAGUUCUCGCUUCAGUACUUUACACAGAUCUUCGAGGCGGUUUUGCGCAAGAUUCGCAACUCUUCGAUCACUGGACAUGCAGCGCGCAUUGAGCAGAUUGUUACUGAGCUCUUUGUCGACGCUUACCGCCGUACCUCGCUGUCCUUGCUCCAGAAGGACCGUGUUACUUUCGCCAUGCUGCUUGUGCAAGCAGCACCCUACAAGAUGGACAAGACACACAUUGACCAAAUUCUCGACCCUGACCUUAAGGGCAUCGAUGUGUCGACCGAGAUGGAUCGCAAAGCAGAAGCCAUGGAGCGUGCAAGCAAGAUUCCGAUUUUCAAAGAUGUCCUCGAGAAGAUUGACGAGAGCGCCUGGGAUGCAUUCCUUAACGAAGAAAUGGGAGAGCGACACGUGCCGCAGGCUUGGCCAGAAGAUCUUACCAAGUUCGACCAGCUCCUGCGAGCUCUCAUCCUCGUCAAGCUGUUCCGUGUUGACCGCUUUGUUCCUGCUGUGGAGCGAUUUGUCACUGAGGUCUUUGGCAAGGGUAUUCUCGAUGCAAGUGGUGACUUGGGUGACAUUGUUAAGCAAGUCAACGCCGUCACCCCAGUUGCUCUCAGUUCCAGUCCUGGAUUCGACGCCAGCUACAAGGUCGACAACCUUGUCGAAAGAGAGCAAGUCAGCUGCUCCAACAUUGCCAUGGGUUCCAACGAAGGUGCCGCGGCAGCAGACAAGGCUAUCGCUAACGCCGCUACUACUGGCAACUGGGUACUUGUCAAGAACGUCCAUCUCACACCCCAGUGGCUGCAGUCGCUCGAGAAGCGUCUUGAGGCACUCAAGCCCAACCCUGACUUCCGCCUGUUCCUUUCCAUGGAGUCUAGCCCGAAGAUUCCUGUCAACUUACUCCGUGCUUCGCGUGUCCUGUCAUACGAGCAGCCCGCUGGAGUGCGCGCUAAUAUGAAGGACUCCUUGUCGUCCUUGGCAGAGAAGGCAACCAAGCCACCUGUGGAGAAGGCCCGUGUCUACCUCCUGUUGUCUUUCUUGCACGCGGUCAUUCAAGAGCGUCUGCGAUAUGCACCUACAUUGGGAUGGAAGGGCUUCUGGGAGUUCAACGACAGCGAUUACGAAUGCUGCAGCUUCAUCAUCGACACAUGGAUCGACACCGUUGCCCAAGGCCGCUCCAACAUUGCGCCAACCAAGAUCCCAUGGGAGAUGCUACGCUAUCUCAUCACGGAAAUGUACGGCGGCAAGAUCGACAACACGGAGGAUUGGCAGAUUCUCUCAUCUCUUGUCGAUUCGUGCAUGACUCCCGCGGCGUUUGAAGACAACUUCAAGAUUGUCAAGGAGACGGAGCACAGUGAGGGUCUUGAGCUGCCUAGCUCGACCAGCUGGAAGGACUUUAUGGGCUGGGUCAAUGACCUGCCUGAGCGCGAGCCACCAACGUACUUGGGUCUCCCAGCCAAUGCGGAGAAGUUGCUGCUUGUGGGCCAGGCGAAUGAUAUGGUGGGUGGAUUGAAGAGGGUGGUGGAAAUGUUGGAUGAGGGUGAGCAGAUUAUGGCUGAGGCAGAAUCUUAG